AUGUUUUCUAAAGCCAGUCACUCUGAGGUUUGAUUUUAUAGAAAGAUGGGGAACAGCAGUAGUAGUGAAGAUGAAUCAGCAAAAGAAAAUAAGAAAACAGCAGAAACACCACAGAAGAAACAUACUAGGAUUAGACGGACUCAACGAAGAAAAAGAUUUUUACAGAUUGGAAAAUUUUCCAUAAGCGUGGUAAAAGGUUCCAUUAUUGAUCAAAUUACUGAUGUAAUUGUGACUGGAUCUGUACCAAGUCUGGAACUGAAUAAAGCCAGGACAUCAAAACUAUUACUAGACAAAGCAGGUGAUUCUAUACAAGACGAAUGCAAAGAAAAAUACCCAUCAGUUAUCACAUUCUCUGAUGUAGCCAUUACCGGACCCGGCCGUCUAGAUUGCCAACAUAUAUUCCAUGUGACAAUCCAGAAAUUUUCUAGUAAAGGGGAUGAAAGGGUAUGUCUAUAA